AUGCCAUGAGGCCCAUGACUGGAGGAGCACCGAUUACCUGAAAUCACUGGUUUGCUAGGGGUGCAUGCAUCAGUUACCUGGAAUCAGUUGCUGGCGCAUCGAUUCACUAGGUCUAGAUGUUGCAGGCCCCCACCCAUUUCCUAGCAUCACUGAUUGCUAGUACAUCGAUUUCCUGGAAUCACUGAUUGCUAGUACAUCGAUUUCCUGGAAUCAUUGAUUGCUAGUACAUCGAUUUCCUGGAAUCACUGAUUGCUAGUACAUCGAUUUCCUGGAAUCAUUGAUUGCUAGUACAUCGAUUUCCUGGAAUCACUGAUUGCUAGUACAUGGAUUUCCUGGAAUCACUGAUUGCUGACAGUCUGGUCCUUGAUGCUGAUACUCUAUUUUUGACCCAGGUGGCGUUCCAUAUUUUCUUACUAAGGCCACACCAAAUUGAUCUUAUGUUUCACGGACUUUUAAUCCAAAACAGACCAGGGUGGCAGGCAAAAAAAGAAAAAAAUUGAUGAAUAUCAUUAUUAAACCAUAAACGGAGUCACAACACACCACAAAAAAUCACUUUACACAACAAGGGACACCGUUCAUCGAGCUGCUCCUACGGACGUUUAACCCCUCCCUCACUGCGGCAGAGGUAACGGAGAAAGCUGAGCUACCGGCUGUAUAUACAUGAUCCACCAAAGGAGUUAGAAUGUACAAGCUGAGCAAAAAGGGUCAGAGUGUGGCAGGGGACAUGGAUCUGCCUCUGGUGGACAGCUGUCUAGUCUCCCACGACAACUGGAAGCUAAUCUGUGAAGUGCAUGGAUACCACAGUGCCAGCAAGAUGCUCUCCUCCCGAGUGUGGUACGGUGGUAGUGAGUCUCACCUGUUCAACAAGCUGGAGAGUAUUGCCCUCUCUAACCAUCCCUCCACCCCCGUACUGGCCGCCUCCCUCACAAGAGCACUCGAGAAACAACACGUCGGAAAUCAGUUCCAGCCCAGUCGAGUGAACUGGGUGGUCCAGUCAUCAGCCGUUGACUACCUCCAUCUUCUCCUCGUCUCUUGUCAAUGGAUGUUCCAAUGCUUCAACAUCUCCGGCCGUUUCUGCAUCAGCAUCCAUGAUGAGGUACGCUAUCUAGUGAAGAGUGAGGAUCGGUACAGAGCAGGCCUAGCUCUCCAGUAUGCCAACCUGUACACCAGAGCUAUGUUCUCCCACAAGCUGGGACUUCAAGACCUACCAAUGUCUGUGGCGUUCUUCAGUGGUGUGGAUGUGGACAGAGUACUUAGGAAGGAGGCCACCCUCGAUUGCAAGACGCCCUCCAACCCUCUCGGUAUGGAAAAAGGACACGGCAUCCCCAAUGGUGAGGUGCUGGAUAUCUAUCAACUGAUUGACAAGACAAACGGACAAUUAAUUAAAUGAUUUGUGUUUAUUUUUGUGGUAUCAAAGACUGUCACAGUGUAUCAUUUUUUAUGCUCGUAAAGUGAUUAACAAUAAUUGAUUGACCGUCAGGACAUAAUUAUUAAAGUGAUCGUUGGCAAUUUCUUUCUUUACUGCCUCC